AUGAAGGAGCUGCAGGACAGUUUCCGACAGAUGAGUUUGGAUUUGCAAACCAGAUUAGCAAGUCAAAAGGUGUCUUUCCACUUUAAUCCUCCUAGUGCUCCUCAUUUUGGCGGAAUUUGGGAGAGAGGGGUCAACUCAAUUAAACAUGCAUUGAGAUGUUGUAUGAAAGAGCGUGUGGUACCAGAAGUUGUGUUUCAAACAGUUGUAACGGAAGUAGAAGGUUUAAUGAACUCGAAGCCACUGGGUUAUGCAUCAUCUGACAUUUCAGAUGUAGAUCCGAUAACUCCCAAUAAUAUGCUUCUUAUGGGUCGACGGGAUCCAGUCUUACCGUUUGUUUCGGUUGACCAGAGGGAAGAGAUAAAAAGCAAGAAGCAAUGGCGGCAUAGUCAAUUGAUCGUACACUUAUUCUGA